CGCCCGCUUUUGCUGUAACACCCGGCUGAGGAAGUUCCGUCCACAGGACUGCUACACACACACACACAGCUAGCAUCCUCCUCCCGGGAUCAAAACACCGAGCAGUGGGUAUCAUCCCGGACCAGGCGGGCAAGAAGCGACAGCCAGGACACCAUCCAGUCACCCGGCACCGAGUGUUAAUCCUCCCGCAGCGGUAAACAUGAACGAUCAGCAGCUGGACUGUGCUCUGGACCUGAUGAGGCGUUUGCCUCCACAGCAGAUCGAGAAGAAUCUCAGUGACCUCAUCGACCUGGUACCCAGCCUGUGUGAGGACCUGCUCUCCUCGGUGGAUCAGCCUCUGAAGAUCGCCCGGGAUAAAGUGGUGGGGAAGGAUUACCUGCUGUGUGACUACAACCGAGAUGGAGACUCUUACAGAUCUCCCUGGAGUAAUAAGUAUGAACCCCCUAUCGAUGAUGGCGCCAUGCCCUCCGCCCGCCUGAGGAAGCUGGAGGUGGAGGCCAACAACGCCUUCGACCAGUACAGAGACCUGUAUUUUGAGGGCGGGGUGUCGUCCGUGUACCUGUGGGAUCUGGAUCACGGUUUCGCCGGGGUCAUCCUCAUCAAGAAGGCCGGAGACGGUUCCAAAAAGAUCAAGGGCUGCUGGGACUCCAUCCACGUGGUGGAGGUGCAGGAGAAGUCGAGCGGUCGAACUGCUCAUUAUAAACUCACCUCCACCGUCAUGCUGUGGCUGCAGACCACCAAAGCCGGCUCUGGAACCAUGAACCUGGGGGGCAGCCUCACCAGACAGAUGGAGAAGGACGAGACGGUCAGCGAGUCCUCGCCACACAUCGCCAACAUCGGCCGCCUGGUGGAGGACAUGGAAAAUAAGAUCCGCUCCACCCUAAACGAGAUCUACUUUGGAAAAACUAAGGAUAUCGUCAACGGCCUGAGGAGCGUCCAGACGCUGGCGGCGGUGAAGGCCAAGCAGGAAGCUCUCCGGACCGACCUGAUCGACGCCAUCAGCAGACGCAAACAGCAAAGCUAGAGACACUCUGCUCAUCCUCACCCCCCCCCCCCCCCAACUUCACUCUCUCACUCUCGCCGUCAUGUUUAUUUCGUCUUCGCUCGAUCGUCGGCUCGUUUCGUGUGUGCGGUGAUCACGUGACCGCAAAAAGGGGAAAAAUAAUAAACGCUUUGCUUUUUUUGUUUGUUUGUUUGCGAGUUUUGAGGCGUCUCUGUUUCUCCUCUGUACUUUUCUCAGAUUUUUAUUUCCCUCUCUCUCCCUCCGCGCUCUCGUUAAUCCGGUAGUGUUACGACGGUUAUGCUAACCUUAGCGCCUUUACAGCAGGGCGGAUUCUUGAGUUUGAUAAUAACGGCAUCUGAAAACGAAUCGGUGUUUUUAUUUUUAUGUAUGUGUGACCACGCCCACGGUCGUGUAAGACACGCCCCCUUGUAUCUAGCCACGCCCACAAUGUGUGAACAAUGCAAGAACAGUCACGACGGCUUGAGACGUCAUUAUUCUCACUCGUCUCUUUAUGCAGUGUGUGUGUGUGAGUGUGAGUGAGUGUCAGUGUGUGAGUGUGAGUGAGUGUCAGUGUGAGUGAGUGUGUGUGUGUGUGUGAGUGAGUGUGUGAAUGUGAUAAAGCCUCUACAUAAUAAAUAUCCACCUCAAUCCUCUCUCUCUCUCUCUCUCCUGUGUGUGUGUAUCUCUCGCCCGAAGCUUUGCACUCUUUGUCUGGGGGUGGAAAUAUUCUGUGUUCUUCUCUUUGUUUAGUUUUUUUCUUUAAUUUGUUUGUUUUUGUUUAUUUUUUGUAAAGCUUUUACAGUUCAUGUAUUAUUAGAGCCUCCAGCAACAAUAAAACGGUGAAAUGCUACA